AUGCCUGGUUUCCAUCCACCAGAAGACUUUGACUUCACCUCUCCUGAAAAGUGGCCGGCGUGGCGUGAUCGCUUCAUCCGCUACCGACUGGCAUCGGGACUUCACAAGGAGGACGGGUUCAAGCACCGACGCAGUACGGACAGCCGCGCCAGCAGCCACAGCACGCCCGUCAGCGCCAGCGUGGCCAUCAGCAGCAGCACCAACGGCGCCAGCAGCACGGGCGACAGCAGCAGUCAACUGUCACGCAACCACGACAGCAAGCGCGUCACAUCGACUCUGCAACAACAUGCAGGAGAGGUGCAUGAAGAUGUCUUCGGAGAAGCAGGUCUCAUGAAGACGGCACCGAUCAGCAUCCGGCUACGCGAGGAUGCCGUCCCGGUCGCUCUCUCCACAGCAAGACACGUCCCCCUGCCGCUGAUGAAGCCAGUGGAGGAGGAGCUGAAGAGCAUGGAAGAGCAGGGCAUCAUCGUACCAGAGACUGAGCCCACAGACUGGGUAUCCGCGCUCGUCCCCGUCCCGAAGAACAGUGGUGUCCGGAUCACAGUUGACUACAAAAAGCUGAACCAAGCCGUAAAGCGUGAGAUCUUCCCGAUCCCGACCCUGGAGCACCUGACGUCCAAGCUGGGCGGUGCGACACUGUUCUCCAAGCUAGACGCUUCUUCUGGCUUCUACCAGAUCCCGUUGGACGAGGCAAGCUCCAAAAUGACUACGUUCAUCACACCGUUCGGCAGGAAGAGGUUCCUGCGCCUGCCGAUGGGAAUCUCACUGGCUCCGGAGUGCUUCCAGCGAAAGAUGCAAGAGAUGCUGGAUGGACUGCCUGGAGUCAUCGUCUACAUGGACGACACGCUGGUUUUUGGAGAUGCAAGCAACCAUGACGCACGUCUCGAAGCCGUCAUCAGAAGAAUCCAUGAAUCUGGCCUCAAGCUGAACAAGACGAAAUGCGAGUUGCGAAGGGACGAGGUCAAGUUUCUUGGCAUGAAGAUAAGCAAGAAUGGCAUCGGCGUGGACGACGAGAAGCUCGAAGCGAUACAGCAGCUCCAGCAGCCAAAGAACGUCACAGAGCUCCGGUCUCUGCUAGGGGUGGUCAACUACCUCUGCAGGUUCGUCCCGCACAUCCAGGAGCGCCUAAGGCCCCUCAACGAUCUGCUGAAAAAGGACGCUGCGUGGAACUGGACGCCUCAGCAGCAGCAAGCACUGGAUGAUGUGAAAGCAGCCGUCACGUCCGCUCCAGUCCUGGCGUUCUACGACCCAGCGCGUGAGACAGUGGUCAGCGCAGACGCAAGCAGCUACGGAAUCGGAGGAUGCAUCCUUCAGAAGCAUGGUUCCAGCUUCAAGCCCGUCGCAUUCUGCAGCAGAAGUCUGACGGACACAGAGACGAGGUGGGCCCAGAUUGAAAAGGAACUACUCGCUGCAACUUGGACAUGCGAGAAGAUGCACGUGUUCCUGUCUGGACUGCCGUCGUUCGACCUACAGCUGGAUCACAAGCCACUGAUCCCGCUCAUCAACACGAAAAAUCUCGUAGAUGCGCCAAUCAGGUGUCAGCGCAUGCUCAUGCGACUGAUGCGUUACAACGCAACAGCGGUGUACAUUCCAGGGAAGCAGCACCUGGUACCUGACUUCCUCUCGCGUCACCCACUUCAGAAGCACGAUGCGAUCGGCGCUGUGCUACAGGAAGACGUCCACAACUUCUGCAAGAGGGUCUUCGAUGACCUGCCCGCCACACCGCAGCGUCUAGUGGAGAUCAGCAGGGCCCAACAGGCAGAUGAACUCCUCCAGCGCGUGGUUCAGCAGACUCUCUCUGGCUGGAAGGAGGGAGCAAAGCACCCCGACAUGCUGGACUACUUCGCCGCGCGUGGAGAAAUCAGCGUUCUCUACCUGACAAGCGGCACACUGCUGAUGUACGGCCGCCGCAUCAUCAUACCGCCUAGUCUGCGUGAAGAGAUGCUCAACCGUCUACAUGACGACGGUCACUUCGGGCUCAACAAGUGCCGCCAGCGAGCAGCAGAAUCCGUCUGGUGGCCCAAGAUCAGCAUCGACUUGAAGCGCCACGUCGAGCACUGCGCGUUCUGCCAAGUGCACGCGCCCUCCCAGCACGCUGAGCCACUGGUAACGACUCCAACGCCGUCAAGACCGUGGACUCACAUCGCAGCAGACAUCUUCCACUUCAACAACAGCAACUGGCUCGUGACUGUGGACCUCUUCAGCAGGUAUCUGGAAAUCCAACGCCUGCCCAGCCUCACAAGCACCGCAGUCAUCGAGCGGCUGAAGCGCCUGUUCUCCAGACUGGGGAUACCGGAUCUGAUGACAACAGACGGAGGAACGCAGUUCACUUCCAGCUCAUUCGCCGACUUCGCAGCGUCGUACGGCUUCACACAUCGCGUCACUGACCCGCACACGCCAUCAUCCAACGGAGCAGCUGAACGGGCCCAGCCCGCCAAGAAGGCAUGGCGGCACGCCAAACUUCGCGAUGGGCGGAGAAAGAAGAAACAGGAGUCAACCGUCAAUCAGAGGCGAGGCGCCCGCAACCUGCCUCCGCUGCAGCCCGGCGCCAGAGUCCGGAUCAAGACAGAAAAGGGCAGCUGGUCCCGGCACAGCACGGAACCGUGCAACGGGCAGCACCAGUGCCACCUCCGGUGGUGCCGCCGACAUCCGUGGCAGUACCACGCCCGGUGGUGA